CACGACACGAGGGGAGGUUCGUCUUGGUCGGAGGAGCGCGAUUGUGAAGGUUUUUAAACAGAGACAAACAUCAUUCUUGUUGUUAAAUACAAAGGAGACAUGGAUUCAAGGGUAGCUGAUAUAAAAGACCUGAUUUCCAGAUUGACUGGCACUGAGAGCGCAGACAAAGAUAUGAUCACAUGCAGACUCCUCAGCAUGGUAGAGACUCUCUCCAGGGCCGAAACCAAGCUGGACAAUGCCGACGAGGUGGAGUCAAGUGCAGUGCAGCUGUGGAACUGGGUGGUGGCCAAGAAGAUGGGAAAUCAGAUCUCGGAGGAAUGCAAUGCAAAACUUCGGCACUCGGCCUGCAAGCUCCUUUGCCUCAUUGAGACGUCCACCCUAAGCCCCACCACCAUCCAGCGUCAAAUUCUGAUGGCUAUGAAGACCGCUCACAGUUGGAUGGACUGCAAGAAAUUCAACCUUUGUGAGGAGUUUCUGGAUGGCGCCGAGAACAACGUUGGUCACCUGAUGAAAGCAAAUGGCGGGCUGCCGACAGACAGCCCUGAGCGGGUGGAUGUGCAGAUACACCUGUUCAAGGUCCACUGCCUGCAGGCCGAGCUAGCAGUGAACCGGGGCCGGCACGAGAAAGGCAGUGCUCUCUUCUUCAGGUGUAGGGACAUGCUCCUGAGCCUUCCCCAAGAGACGGUGUAUCUGUCCAUGUUGUGCUACAACUUUGGGAUUGAGACAUACGAGCAGAAACAAUUUGAAGAAUGCAUCUUCUGGCUCAGACAAAGUUAUGACAUUGGCAAGAUGAACAGCAAGUACAGUGCCAGCUCUACUCACCAGGCCAAGUCACUGCGGUUGCUGGCCAAGGUUUAUAUGGACUGGGAUGUGAUAAAGUACUCAGAGAAGGCCCUACAUGCUCUGGAGAUAGCCACCACUGAAGAACCACACUCGGAGGGUCAGCUCUUAAAAGUGAAGAUUCUGACUCAAUGCAAAGCAUCAGAGACCGCCAUUCUCGAAGCUGUGGAAGACCUGUUUAAGCAGGAUAAACCGGUAACGCAUGCACUGACUGCCUUGAGAAGUCUCCUGCACGACAACAGGGAGUCGCUGUGUUCUAGCUGUCUGGAGACGCUGACCAAACAUAUGCAGCACAGCCUGGAGUUCGGGCAAAUCCUUCUCUUCAAGCUCGAGUUCCUGUUACAUUUUGGGCACGAGUCACUGGCAAGGCAGCACGUGGAGGAGUGCAUUACAGGUCACUACACGGGCAGGCCUCUCUCUGACAGCGUGAAGAAACUCUUCCAAGCCAUGAUUUGGGAGCAGGCGGCAAAGUUCUAUGAGGUCUCCGACUAUGCCACCGCGCUAAAGUGGUACAACUGCUCAGCCAGCCUAUAUUCACCGGGCUCGAAUGACGAGAACUUGGGACGUCUGCAUCGUAACCGAAGCACCUGCUACCAGCACAUGCUGCAGUAUGAGCAGGCCAUGGAGGCAGCCAAGGAGGCCCAACACUGUGAUCCAGACUCCAUCAACACUAAUUUUGUAAUCUUCCAACUCACUUUGUCCACAGGGAACAUUCAGGGUGCCACAGAGGCCCUCAGCAAAAUGGAGAUGCUGAGCAAGUCAGCUGAGAAUAAGGACUCGAGCCUGGAGCCAAACUCCCUCUCGGAGCUGCUGGAGCUUGCAGCGCAGCUCGGCCUAGAGUACAAACAGAAUAAGUUGGCAGCAAAGGCCCUGGAAAUCUUCUCUUCAACUUCGAGUGAUAUUAAAAAAACCCUGCACGCUCUAAAAUGCUUAGUGAGACUGAGAAUAACGGAGGAUGAAGAGGAAGAUAAGCUAACAAAGGACAUGGCCCCAAUGAUCUCCUAUCAGCAAACAGCUCUAGAAAAACUGAAGGACUGUGAUGGCAAACUUACAGUUGAAGAAAGAGAUGCUGAUGCAAACUGGUUUAAAAGUAUUGCUUGGAACUUUGCAUUGGAUAGUGAGAAUGGUCCUGAAAAUAUGGAAACAUUUUUCAUGCUGUCAUAUCAGCUCUCACGGCUGUGUGUCGAGGACGUGCCCCAACUCCUCGCCCAGAAGACCUGCCUGGUGAUGGCAGCAGGGGCGGCGCUGCAAUUAGGAAGGGACAGCACGGGCGACGAACAGUUGGCUCAGCUCACAAGGGUGCUGGAGCACACCGAGGCGUGCCGGAAGGUCGAUGCCAGAUUGAGGACAGAGGUUAAAGUGGGGCAGCCCCAGCGAGACCCGUCCAGUACCCUCAUGCGUCUCUACGAGCUGGAGGCGAAAGCCAAGCUGUGCAGCCUUGAGGGUGAAUGCUCUAAUCGCACAAGUGUGGCAAGCCCACGGUUAGAGGAGGCCCUGCAGUCCCUGUUCGACUUGCCUGACGUGGAGCCCCAUGCUCUGGAAACCGCAGCAGCACUGCUGAUGGACCCACCUGCCCACUACCUGAACCUGAGCAAGAAAGCCCUCCGCUUCGCCUUCUCUAUGCACCUCAAACGAACUCCAGUGAACACAGAGACGUGCAGCAAGAUCCUACACAGCCUCAUCCAGGCAUCCUUGCCCCGUGGGGUCAUGGAGGAUGCCGAUAGCGAUGAUGAGGCGUGGGGCUACUUCCAGGACGCCCUCUUUCUGCUGGCCGAUAAGCAGGACGAGUACCCCGAGCUGCAGGUGCUGUGGCUCUUGACGACGGCGUGGAACCGCGGCGUUGCUGUGCUGACCUACGGGCGCGCCUCGAAGGUGGCGGAGCGCUGGUGCAGCCUGGCCAUGCGGCUGCUGACGCACCUCACCUCGCUGAAGUCCAGCUAUCAGCAGAAGUUGACACCACUGUACACGGACAUUCUGGAACGAGUGGAAAAGGCAAAGGAACAUGAGGUCAAGGAGGAGUGAAGCGCGGCUCGCACGUAAAUGAGUCUGUCACUUGAUUUUUCUUUCAGUGAACUUGAAUUAUAGCCAGGUGAUAGUUAAUUUGAGAUGGAAGUCUAUUUCACAAGGGAGACCUGAGAAAGUCAUCGUCCACAUCAUCCACAAUCUAUCCACCACUAGAUGGUCUCCCGAAGUCAUUGCCAUCUCAUAUGUCAAUUCGAGAAUAUGUCCAGAAUCCGGCUCAUGAGCUCUUAUUCAGGUAGAUAUAUGCAGUGUAGAAUAUGACAUCAAAUACCACAAACAUUAAAGAAUGUCAUUAGUAGAAAUAUAAGCAUACAUUGCAAAAUGUGCAUACACAUUUCCCAUGACCAAACCACCCUGAAUGCCCCCGAUCUUGUUACUUAUCAGAAGCCAAGCUGGUUCAUAAUUGCAUUGGAGACUGCUUUGGAAUACCAGGUGUUGUAGGUUUGAGCUGCGAGGUGGCCAGGACAAAGCAGGCCAGAAAAGGAUUUAAUCAAUCUGUGUGGAGUUUUGAGUAUCCUCUGCUACGCAUAUUUUUUUUCACGAUACCUUGAUCUUCUCUCACAUGCCAAAUACAAUUGAAAGGAAUUUGGCCAAGCAUCCCAGUGCAGGAUCCUCUUGAAAAGGAGUCUUGAGACUAAGUGAGUAAUUCCUGGAUACAACAUGGAGAGUAUGACUUGCUCGACAAACAAAGGGCUUGGAUAGUGAUACCUCUGUUUACUGUUAAAGUUAAGUGCUAUACUCACUACUAUAACUCAAAAUAGCAACAUACCAACACAUGGUUCACAAAUACCCACUGCAUGCGCAUGAGCGCCCACACACACUCAUCUUAAAGACAAAGAUCUCCCUGUGUAGCCUUGUUAACUGCCAAGACAGGAAUUUUGCACUAAACACAGUGGGUUUCACAUCACACAUAUGCUCGGCCAUCUCUGUUUUCACCAGUUAAUAAUUCUUGUGUUGAGUCAACCUAGGGGGAACACGUGCAGAAUUAAGUACCCCAAUUAGCCACUGGUUAUUGGUUGUGAUGUUUGUUGUGGUCAGGAAUUGAAUCCUGGUUGCCAGGUUUCUAGUCCAGUGCAUUUAAACGUUUAAAAAGUUAUAUUAAAUUGUUCGUUGGGCAGUUUCAGCAGUUGUUAGCAUUUUAAAAUGAUUAAUUACAGUGUGUGGGGUUUCACAGCUGUGCCGGUUAGCUCUCCGACGUGUUUUGGGAUGUACUAUGUGUUCAGGUUUAUUUUGUUUAACCCGGUGAGAACACAAGAGAUCAGCAUGUAUGUUGAACUUCUUUCGCACCAUACGUAGCGAACCGUGCUAAUCAGAGGUGCGGGGGAAGGACAACAAACUAAACACAAAAAGCAGCAUAGCCUCACUUCCGAGAGUGACGUGUAGCAUCAGUUUGCAAGUAUGGGGCAAUGAUUCUAAUGUAUAACCUCAAUUGAAUACACUUUUGAACAACUCAAUUCAGUUCCUGAAGAUGCCACCGGAACAUAGAACAGAACCUCGGAUAUCAUACCAAAGCAACACGCAAUACAACCCAAGAGCACAGCGGAGAGAUUAAUGACAGGUUUAAAUGUGUUAAUUGUUAAGCAUUACAUUGCAAACGCAUAGCUGGCAAACGUGGUUCUGUUUCAUCAGCACCGUGGUCCACACCCAGUCUCCGUUCCCUUGUUGGAUUUCAACUAUCAGUGAGAGUCAUUGAGACUUUGACAACCCGUAACAACUCCCUAAUCCAGAAAUGGUGGAUUACUUUGAAGUGAUUAGAUGAUUACACAUAUGGUGGGAAAUUUUUUCCAUGAAAAUCUAAAUUAGGGUUGUCAAAUGUUUCAAUAAAGUAAUUGUGGGUUAUGUAAUGAAUAAAUGUUAAAUGUAGGUUAUUAGUUUUUUUAUGAACACACCAAUACAUUUUCAUUAAGGGUACUCGUUCUCUGUGUCAGGACAGCAUAUUCCAUUGCUACUCGUUCAGUGAGCCAUGUUGAUAACUGUGCCUUUGCUAUUUGUUGUUAGCAGCACUGGAAAGGUUUGAGUUUAAUGGUGCAAUUUAGUCGAACAUUGAUAAGCAUGGAAUAUAGGUAGUGCUAAUUGAGAAUAAUUAUAAUUUUAGAACACUUUAAUACAAAGGGCCUGAUUUAUGUGUUGGCAGAAAGGCCACAAAUAUUUGGCAUCUACCCAUUCAUAGAUGAAAACCGAUUCUUGCAGUCAUGAUCCGUGCAUCACAUCGUGCGUCAAAUAAUUAAUUAUAUGCGAAUGUGUCAUUAGGCUCACAGAACAAACACGACAUACUGUACAAAUCAGGUAACAGAAGUGAGAAAAAACUGAAAUUUGACCCAAUCCUGACUCCAAAUUGAGGCAAUUUGUCAAAGCAUCAGGGAAAUGGGCGUUGAAUCGUUACAUCGUCAUCAGUCCAGUCAUAAUAAAUCCACUGCUAGUUGAAAGCCUACCCAAGCCGUCACCAUCUCUUCUGAUCCUGCCAGGUAAUAAUACACUGAGCACCUGUACACGAGCUGAUUUCAUUGCUGCGUCUCCUCGAUGGACGUCAUCAACUGGCGCGUUUUGUUACAAGCCUACUAUUUAAUGCCGAUUUGACCGUUUUUUACCAAACAAUCGGUAGUAAAUAUUAUUUAUCCGUCAACGUGUAGAUGAGGCUGAAGGUUUACCAUCCGAUGGGGAGACAUUAAAAUUUGACAGCACUUGUUUGCUGUAACUCCGUUAUAAAGAUGAUGCUGAAAAAAAAAAUUAUUCGUGGUUUCACCACCUGUUACUGAGGCUCAAUAAAAUAAUUUGACGUUCUA